ACAUCUGUGUUGUAAUAGGUUGCAUAUGCUGGCACGCGCCACAAUGGUGAAAGAUAAGUGUCUUGGUGCGCAUCGAGCCAUGAACCGAAAGUCCGACGUUCAUGCAAAAUGGUCUCCUCAACACAGUCGGUGUUUGUCUUGUAAGAACAUCGCUUGUCCAGACCUCUGGAUAUGGUGGAAGUAGAUUUAAUGUAAACAAAACAAAAGGCUUGAAUAGACGGAAUCUAUAAGUUAUUUUAGAAAGCAUAUAAAUUUUAAACAAAAUACAUCCUUGGAUAAUCUAUACACGAGUACGUAUUAAAAAUAUUGUAGGCAAUGCUACAAUGAGUUACGCUGAAGAAACUAAGGCAUGGGUAUCAAAUCGGGAACGGUUUUCUUAUGGUUAACGUUAGGUUUAACAUGUUUAUCUGAAGUGUUCGCUGUGUGCCCCCCACCUGAUACAAUACUGCCAUGCAUUUGCACAAACAGAAACGAAGAUGUUCAGAUAUGGUGUACACACAGCGAUCUACAGCAAGUAUUAAAAGGUGUACAAAAAAUUGGCGAAUUUGUAAGAAAACCUAUAGACGAAUUGAUAAUUGAAAAUAACUAUCUACCAUCAUUACCAGGGAAGAUAUUUCAAAAUGUAAUAAUUCAAAGGCUAAUGUUGCGUCACAAUGGAAUCGAACGUAUGUCGGCAACAUGGCUGGAGACACAAGAGAUGAAUUUAGUUGAAAUAUUCAUAGUUGAAAAUGAAUUAAAAAGUAUACCAGCCGAGAGCUUGGCGAAAUUACAACAUGCUCAAGCCAUUACUAUUCAUUCCGACAGCUUACGACGAAUUCCUCCCUUCGUAAACAAUCCAAAACUAAAAUACAUCAGUAUAGAAACGGAAAGUUUGACCAGUAUUACAAAACAAACGUUCGCUAAUCUACCAAAUCUUGAAAGAUUAUUUAUUCGUGGAAGUGGAAAUCUGCAUAUUAUAGAAGAAAACGCCUUUUACAACUUACCAGCGUUAAAAACGUUGGAAAUAACUGAUUGUGGCAUAACGCAUAUGCAUAUGAGAGCAUUUUCAUUGCUCCCUAAUCUUAAGCAGUUAUCAUUGAGUAAUAAUGAAAUUUUUGAUGCAACUAUGGUCGGUAGAGCUAUCAGAGAUUUGCCUAUGUUAACUUUAUUAAAUCUUAAUUACAAUCUUAUAGACAAACUAAACGAAGGUGCUUUUGUCGAUCAGACAAUGCUAGAAACGUUAUAUUUAUCUCAUAACAAUAUAAAUAUUAUCCAUCACGGAGCGUUUCACCGAGUACCAAAGCUGCGUAUCGUCGAUUUAAAUUUUAACAACAUCAUAAGAAUACAUCCCGAAUCAUUCUUACAACAGUCUAGUAGUGGGGUGGAGGAACUAAGUCUGAUUGGAAAUAAGAUCAUGCACAUUUCUGAAUUUCGCGCAUUACUAGAUGCUCUACCAAGACUGAGAUUUUUAGAUAUGAGUGACAAUUUACUUGAGGAAAUUCCCAGAGGAGCCCUCAGAGGUCAUCCGAGCUUAGAAAGAUUACAUCUUAAUAGUAACAGUAUAAAAUUUAUUGAAGGUGAAGCAUUUGUUGCCAUGCCAGCUCUGAGGGAACUUCAUUUAAGUAAGAAUUCAUUAGGCGAUCUGAACGAAGGUCCAUUUUGGAACUUGCCAUCUUUAAAGGGUUUAGAUUUGUCUCAUAAUUAUUUUCAACGAUUACAACCUAAAUUAUUAUACAACCUUCCAUCACUUAGAAGAAUAAAUAUUAGCAACAACAAAUUAACAGUUAUAGAUCCUUUAACGUUCAUUGAAACGCCGUUAUUAGAAUAUGUAAACGUAUCUGGUAACGAGCUAGUUUCAAUACAUCCUGCUACAUUCAGAAAUUUAGCAAGUCUUUACGAACUAGACGCCAGUUCAAAUAAACUUAUUGAAUUCAUACCUGGUUUGCCGCGAGGUUUAGAGCAGUUAAACGUGGAAAGGAAUCAAAUUACUAGCUUACCAGUGCAUCCGUCUCCAGAUUUAGACUUACCAUCACUAAGAACAUUGGACAUUUCAAGCAAUGGUAUACAAAGAAUUGCUACUGGAACAUUUAAAACACUUCACAAUCUAAGGCGGCUUUAUAUGAAACGUAAUGGUCUUAGACAAAUUGAUAUUACAACAUUCAGUGAUGUCACACGUUUGGAAGUUUUAGACUUAAGCUACAAUCAAAUCAUAUCAAUUCAUUUGAAGAGUUUCACAAAACUAUUAUCACUUAAACAGAUAAAUUUACAUGGGAAUAACAUCGAUAAUUUUGAUUUUAUGAUCCUCAAAGACAAUAAUAAACUAUCUACACUAGACUUUAGUAAAAAUAAACUAAAGAGUAUAAACCCAAAGAUAGCUGAAAAAACGCUGGAGAUUGAAGUUUUAAAUAUAUCUUCAAACAAUCUUUAUGAACUUCCAACAAGCCUGAAUGUUUUUGAAAAACUUAUAAUAUUAGACUCCAGUUUCAAUCACAUAAAAUUCUUUGACGGCAACAUAAUAAGCAACUUACAAAUGAUAAAAGAAAUAAAAUUACCAUACAACAAAAUAAUAGAAGUACGAAGUGGUAGUUUCAGAGAUUUAAAACAUCUUGAAACAAUUGACAUGGACAGUAACAAAAUUGAAAUAAUACAUUCCAUGGCUAUAGCCAAUCUCCCCAACGUACUAUCAAUUUAUUUGAGCAGGAAUCAUAUAAUUGAUAUUCCUGAUCGCGUAUUCUCAAAUUUACCAAAGUUAAGAAUUAUAGAACUCCAAGGAAAUCGUCUACAAUUUAUAUCAGCACGUGCAUUUGAAAACACACCAUUAGUACAGUAUUUAAACGUCAGCAACAACCAACUUACGAAUUUGGAAAGUUCUGGAAUAAGACAAUUGUUUUCUUUAGAAGUUCUAGAUUUAAGUUUUAAUAAGUUAACGAAAAUAACAACUGAAUCAUUCCAAUACAUGGAAUGGCUGGUAGAAUUAACACUUGAUAAUAACAAAAUUUGUCACAUAAGUGGCCAACCGUUUAAUUCAAUGCCACGGCUCAAAGUUCUUUCACUGCGCUAUAACAAACUUACAAAUGUAGCAGAAACCAAUUUCGAAAAACUUAGAAACAACAUCGCGAUUUUAGAUAUAGAUGGUAAUCCGCUUAUUUGCAACUGCGCUGCGAUGUGGUUAAAAUCAUGGUUAUUAGAAUCAACGUCAAUUGGACCUAAAUGUGCGGACGGCACAUACGUUAAAGGUAUGCCCUUCUCCCGGAAUGAUUGUCUUAACUCACCAAUACGCAAUGACAAUUUGAGAGACUGCAUAACGCAUGAAAAUGAAGCAUUGUUACCAAAUUUAGCAACGUCGCAAGUUUUCUCGUCGUCGGAUAAAAUCAAUGGUUAUAUAACACAAGAAAAGAAUAACUUACAGGCUAACAAAAUCAACACACGCCCUACGCCAGAAGAAUCUGAUUAUUUUUACGAUGACUACGUUGAUUAUCCAUUUAAUGAGACUGUUAUGGAUGUCAUUAGCAAUCAAAACAAUUUUACGCAAACUAAUGAAAAGACCCAAGAUGGUAUACUAAGUCCUUCGAAAUUAAACACGAAUAUUAAAAACAUGAGUACUCUAAAUCCAGUAACGCCAUCCAAUGCCCCAAGGAGUGGAUUCACAUUUUUUGGCAUGCCUCUCCCAUCCAUUGAUAUGAGCAAGUUCCUAAAUACAGGCCGGAAAAUAGAUUGGUUUGAAAAACGAAAACAACCACAAAUGACCAAAUACCAAUCGCCGGUUUUAGAAACGCCAAAAUUCGAAACUGGUGGUUUUACACCAAUGUUGCCAACAACUGAUGGUGGUUUUAUGCCCAUACCAAGCCCUACAAUGCCAGUGGCUGAUACCACACAAGGUACAAUUGCUAAAAUGGAGUAUACAACUUAUCAAAAUACAGAAACUGAGAAAAAAAAUGUUGCAACAGAAUUUCUACCACCAAGAGCACCAAAUCGAAAUAACAUAGUAAAUACUAAAUCAAAAAGUGAAAUAUAUGAAGUAUUCUCAAAAAAUAAUAAUGCCACCCAAAUAUCUUAUAAUCUGACUAAAAAUAUGGAAGAGCGUAAGAGUAGUCCAAGUGUUUUAAAUCAAUAUCAUUCCAUGGAGUCCAAUUUAACAAUAGAACAAGUAACAGAGAAAGAAAGUAUUAUAACAACUGACACAAGCAAUGAUUUAUCUAUACAAGCAUGGAUGGAAUCCACAACAAGCAUACCAUAUCCAGCACCAAUGCCUGCUGUAAAACCACCUAUGAAAAAACAUAUAAAUGAACCAACAGCACUUUCAGCUGUACUAAUACCAAGUAAUGAAGAACUCGAGAGGCGUGAAUAUAAGCGGCCAGCAACAAUUACAAAAGUCAACCUCCCACAUUUAGAACAUCCUGUAUCUAAUUAUACUCUGAUCAAUAAUAGAGAGCCUAAAACACGAUUUCCACAAACUCAAACAAACACAAGGACAAAAAAUGAAGACGAUAAAGACUGGUACUAUAAAAAUUAUAAUAAGUCUAAUUUAGAGCCUUAUAUUGCACCUGGUAUCCAUACUUCUUAUGGACAUAUAUUAGAACAUAAGAAAUCAACUAUUUACUGUUUAACUCUGUGCUAUUUUAUAAUGUUUAUUGAUUUACUGUAAACUAUAAAUAUAAUAUCAUACAAU